UCAAAUCUUUUCAACGGACAGUAGAUUUAAAAUCGGUUCUAGAUUUGAAAUACUGAAAUACCUAAAUACUGAAAAGGAAAUCGAGUUGUGCAUAAAGUGUGUUACAAUCGUCGGUGGUAAAGCAAGGGUGUGAUGGGGCUGUUAAAGAAGCUCCGUGGGCUGGUCGUCAUCAAUGACGUGCAGGAUGACACUGUCGAGCCCGUGGUUGAGGCUCAGCCGCCUGAACAGGACAAAAAAGAGGUCGUCUAUAAAACGCCAAGGAAAAAGAACUGCUGCGAUAAAUACUCCCGGGUCAUCGGCGUGCUGUUCCUCUGCCUCAUACUCGGUCUGCUGAUCCCAAUAAUCUUCAUGGCUACGGUCUACGCUCCUGAGGACAAAGUACUGGGCUCCAGAGGCUACUGCCUCAUCAACAAAACAAUACAGUACUCGUGCGGUGACUUGAACCAAACGGAAAACGAAUGCCAGGCAAUUGGAUGUUGUUUCAACGAUCCUGAAAACGCUCCAUAUUUACCCUCCUGCUAUCACUCGGCCCCAUCGGAAUACGGAUACACUGUGUUGAAAAGUUUUGCCGGCGAAACAAGAAAGACUCCUCUGAGGUUUAUCGGUUCGGCGUUAGAGCUAGGGAAGAGUCAAAGUUUAAAUUUCGAUCUCAGCAGCUUGCGAGAAUCGACUACUUUUGGCGACCCGGCGUGGCCGGCCCAAGUGAAGAUCGAAAGACAAGGAGACGAUAUAAUCAGACUGACUCUGUCAAGUCCAGGACACGAGCAAGGAACAUUUGUAGUAGAUGAUAGUUUCAGUCCCUCCGCUAGUAUGAACCCAAAUCUUGACGUUCAAGUCAGCGCACAGGGUGAAACAUUUAACAUUUCCGUGUAUCGCACAGACACACAUGAAGUCUUGUUCAAUACUCUUUACGGGCCCAUGAUUGUUGGAGAUGGAUACAUAGAAUUGACCACAACUCUACCCACGGCAAAAAUAUACGGCCUUGGUUCUCGUUACUCAACAAAAGUGUCUCCUUCAUUCGAAGAGUUUGAGACCUGGACUCUGAAUUCUAGAGAUACCUCCUUCUCGAAUAAAUCUUUACCAGGAACUCAUCCAUUCUUCAUGGGGAUCGACUCUUAUGGUCAAGCUUAUGGAAUCCACGUACGUACUUCAGCACCCUUGCAGAUAGGAGCCGUUCCUGCACCGGGACUUUCAUUUCGUUCUGUUAUUGGGACCUUCAAAAUCCUGAUCAUGGCUGGCCCCACUCCGCUUGAAGUGUCAAAGCAAUACACUGAUAUGGUGAGACGGCCGCAUCUGCCACCUUACUGGGCCCUUGGUCUCCACUUAUGUCGCACCGUACAGUCUUCACUGCAAAAUGCAACAUUCAGCAACGUUACAGAUGCCAUGGAGGCCAUAGGCUUGCCGUACGAGAGCGACUGUCUUGACGCCAGACUCGCAUACCCUGACACAUACGCUGCACCCCCCGCUUGGGUGGACGACGCCGUAGCGAGAUUAAGAAAAGCGGAGCGGAAAUUUUUGGGUACAGCGUACCCCUUCGUGGUCCAUGGGUCGACCACUUAUAACGAAGCAGCCGGUCUUGAUAUUUUACUGAAGUUGAAUUCGUCGUACGAUUACUUCGGAUCCGUAUCAAAGGCUGCCGUUGGAUACCCGGAUUAUAUGAAUGAGAAUUCCUUCACGAGCUGGAUGAACUCGAGCGCUAGCGUCACCUCCAAGUUCAGCACGUCAGACGGCGUCCUGCUGCUGCAAAACUCGCCCCUUAACGAGGCUGCGGUGCGAUACACCCUGUCAGGCAAUGGGAAGAACUGCGUCCCAGAGACGCCAGACUUGUGUUGCUGGAGGAGCGGCUUGGGCUUCCAAGUGGACGCGGAGGUGACGGAGCCCACCGAAGCCUCGGUGUGCUGGGCCACGAUACAUCCUUCCCUGGCCGACUCGCUGCACCUAGCGCACCGCAACGCGUACGGCCUGCACCACAGCCGCCGGGUCAGAAGUGUGCUUCAGACGCUACGGCCGACAUCUCGGCCUUUGCUGAUGAGUUCCUCGACGCAUCCAGGGAGCGGGAAUGUGAGCGGCCACUUCAGUGAGGGCUUCAGCACCACGUUGGACGACCAGAAAAGGGCGCUGUUACAGGUAUUAGAUAUGGGGCUGGCGGGUGUGGCUCUCACUGGCACUCCUCCAUGCGGCUCCAGAGAUGUUUUCAACACGACUGCUCACGAGAAGGAAUGGAAAAACUUGUGUUUACGGAGCUACCAAAACUCGCUUUUCUCUCCGUUCCUGCUCAGCCAUUACGAAAUCAAUCAGCGUUCAACGAAUCCAACCGAUGUUUUUGGGAAUCAAAUAAAGCCGUUGAUGAUGCUGAGAUACAUGUUCAUGCCGACUCUUUACACAUACUUUGUGGAGGCCAGCGAUACCGGCGCGCCUGUUCUGCGGCAUCUCUUCUACGAAUUCCCCAAUGACACCAUGGCGCAGAGCAUUGGUGACGAAUACAUGCUGGGCUCAUCGUUGUUGGUGGUGCCAAACUUCGUCAACGAAAGCAACUUCGGUUCUACAACUCAUGUCCCCGCAUACUUCCCGCCGGGCGCUUGGUACGACUUCUUCAUAGGCCGCUUGAUGUCCAACAGCUCCAACGGCACCGAAACAACUCUUGCUACGACGUCAACUGACAUCAACGUCUUCAUCCGAGGAGGAAAAAUUGUCUUCUUGCAAGGAAGUCUCUCCGAGCCGAUUGCGACUGCCGAACAAAUGCGAAAACUUGACUACCACAUUCGCGCCGCUGUAUCGUCAGACGGCGAAGCAAGCGGCACGAUGUAUUACGACGACGGUGAGACAUUGCGCACCGACAAGAACUACAAAGCAACGUUGCUGCAAGCCUCCCUUAGCGCCGCCGAACAGAAGCUCAGGGUAACACCUUCCGACGUGCCAGACACGAGUGGCCAGUACAGCGACGCUCAGCGCCACAGCUCUAAAAUUGACACCGUCGACAUAUUUGGCUUACCCGAAGUUAGCAAGGUCUACAGCAACGACCAAGAAAUGAGCAGUUUCUCGCAAGAUUCAUCGACGGGAGCGCUUCACAUAAAAGGCAUUGAUUUUGACUGGACUCAAGGAGAGCUCACAAUCUCUUGGGAACUGAAACAAUGAACUUCUUAAUGCGCGGAUUGAUACAAGAAGUGUACGUGUUUACUCAAAAGCAAUUCUAUACUCAAAAUGAGGUUUCAAGAGUUUUGUUAUCGCACCAUGAGUGAAAAACUUUGGAUUCUUGUUGUCCAUUCUUUUCCAAUUAUUGCUGUCAGAAAAAAUUCUAGGUUGUUAACUUUUCACGUAACGAAAGAGUUACGUGUUAGUUAUUGACUUAUUGCUCGCCAAGCAAGCCGGGCAUUUCGCUCACGGCUGUGUAGGUGCGCGUGAAAUACACGUAAAAACAAUUUGCUAUUUCACCUGUGAUUUUGUUCUAAUAUUUUUUUAUUUCAUAUGUUAAUAUUUGACCCUCGUAUAGUUUUUUAAGUUCCUUACUUCUGUAUGUAUCUGUAGGUAAGUAUCUAUAUUCAGAUUAAUAAAUAAUAAUAAUAAAUAAUAUAAUAAGUUCAUUCAACUGUUUUAGCGUUUGAUUUCAUGCGUAGCAUUCAGCAUUGAAAUUUACGUUUCUUCUCUUCGCAGCUAAUAAAUCGAUUUCAGUGAACAUUGGAGCAACAUGUAACGCACAAGCUAAUUCGUCAUGCCUGUCUAAGGACCAACCCAGUCCAGCGGCGUAGCGCUAAUUUACCUAACCGUUUAAUUAAAAAAUUCAUGAGCAAAGUUAUUUUU